GUUUUAAAGGACUGGAGGAAAACGCGCUGGCGGGACUCUUAAUUCGUAAAUGUGUCUAGCGCAGUUUUGGACGUUGAUGGAGUGUAAUGUGAACUUCUAAAUGAACUAAAAAUGAAUGAACAAGAUCAAAUUAUGUCCGAAAUAGAUCGAAAGCAAGUAACCGAGUUCAUUGUUGAAGCUUCUGAACGUUUGUCUUUGAGAACAACACUGUUGGAGCAAAAUUUAGCAGUUGCAGGCAAAUGGCCAGAUGAUUCCUUCUUCGUAAAAAAGGAUUCAACUUUGAAAAAGAAUACUGCUUUUGUCAAGAAAGUGCGAAACUUUCUCGAUAGCCAGAAAGAUGCGCUUUUAUCAGAGUUCGAGUCCCUGAAUCUUUCUAAAUAUGUCGAAGAAGUCGCAACCGCGAUCGUUGAAGCGAAAAUAAAAUUAACUGAUAUUCCUUUUAUGUUGAAAUUAUGUUCAGCGAUGUACCAACGGUAUUCAGAUUUUGGAGUGUUGUUUUUUGAUGCGUGGAAGAAAUCAUUCUCUUCCCACAAAGAUUUAAAGAACACUAAUCUUUCCAAACUACGAGUUGAUCUGGCCUUAUUCGCUGAUCUUAAUACAAUCGGAAUAUUUCGAGACGCUGAUGGUAUCCGACUGUUGGCUGGGCAAUUGACUCUUCUAACUGCAAAUGAUCAUGAUAACUUCUCCAAUAUCGGGAUAAUUAGUAGCUUCUGUAGACAUUGCAGUGACGACUGGAUAGGAGUCAUUCCGCGUCGUAUACGACUGUUAUCUGAAAAGUAUGAAAUGCCGGUUCCACGUUCCGUCUUCAUGUCAUCUGAACGUCAAGCAAAGUGUCGUACACUAUUCAAUGACUAUCUAGCUGGAGCGAUGCAUCGUUUACAAAAUAUGUUCAAAGAAACCCAACGAAUUAUCUCAGGAAACAGGGACCAACUCGAAAGUCGUGGUGAAGUUAGCGAAGAGAGGCAAGAGCGGGCGGAGCAUUUAAUGUCAGCCUGUCGUAAAUUUCAUGAGUCCUUAAGUACUUUAGCUGAUCUUUUGGACGCAGAUCCACCACUUGAUUUUUCAUCUAUGAUAAAAGAUGAAUCUAUGUCAGACUUGACCGCACCUGAUUCAGUCGAAAAAGUUAUUCAUGAAGAGGUUAAUCUGUUUGAAGAUGAAGAUACACGUUUAUUUUACGAAAGUCUACCUGAUAUCAAAGCAAUGGUACCUGCGAUCCUUUAUAAAGAAAGUGAACAAGCUGGUGUAGAAUCAAAUCAGUCAAAGAAUGAGGAUGGAGAUCCUGCCGGAAGUGAAGAUAUUGAUAUUGACACCGUUGAAUCAGAAUUAGCUAAAGAAGAAGCAUUAAUUCGAGUAUCAGAAGAUGGUAAUGAAUCAACUAAUUGCACAUCUAUACCUGAUAAAUCAAAACCAUAUCUGUUAAAUACCGAUGAUGGUGAAGAAGAUCUAAAUCCUUCGGGGAAAGUUCUCAUGGAAACGUUUUUAACGCAAUUACCAAACUGCAUUAAUCGGGAUCUCAUCGAUCGAGCAGCUAUCGACUUUUGUUUGAAUUUAAAUAAACGGGCCAAUCGUCGACGGCUUGCUAAAGCUUUAUUUAGUGUUCCAAGAACGCGUUAUGAUUUAUUACCAUUUUAUGCGCGCCUUGUGGCUUCAUUAGCCCCAGUGAUGCCUGACUUGGUACAAGAUAUCAAUUCUAUGCUUACUGCAGAAUUCCGUUGGCGUCUAUCUAAACGAGAUCAAUUAAAUAUCGAAUCCAAAUUGAAAGUGGUUCGAUUUAUUGGGGAACUUGUCAAAUUUAAGAUUUAUCCAGCUCAUCAAGCUUUGACUUGUUUAAAACAACUUCUUCCUCAAUUUGUACACCAUAACAUCGAUAUGGCCUGUGCUUUAUUGGAUACUUGUGGGCGUUUUCUUUAUCGUUUACCUAUAUCACAUAAACGUACAAAAGUUUAUUUGGAAAUAAUGCUUAGAAAAAAAGUUGCUUUACAUAUGGAUCAGCGUUAUUCUAUUAUGAUUGAAAAUACAUAUUAUUAUUGUAAUCCACCACCGUCCAAUCGCCAGAUUGUCGAACCUGUGAAGUUGACACCUCAAAUGAUGUUUAUACGUCAUAUUUUGCUAACGAAAUUGGACCGAACUACCGUUAAUACUACUUUACGGCUAAUUCGAAAAAUGGAUUGGGAUGAUCAGGAACUUGUCGAAUUUACGUGCACCCUUUUCACUAGGGCGUGGGAUGUUCGCUAUACGAAUAUAAAUUGUCUAGCCAGUGUGUUAUCUGGGUUGGCUACCUAUCAUUCGGACUUUGCCAUGGCUGUUGUCGACAAUGUCAUCGAAGAUAUCCGUGUGGGAAUGGAGCUCAACCUUCCCAGUUUAAAUCAGCGUCGAAUUGUAAUGGUCAAAUACCUUGGUUUGUUGUAUAACUAUUGUCUGGUGGAUUCUCCGGUGAUAUUCAAAACACUUUACUCUCUUCUCACAUUUGGUGUUAGCUUGGAUCUUGAUUUCCCAAGUAUUAUCGACCCGCCGGAUUCAUUGUUUCGAAUUACAUUAAUUUGCACGCUACUUGAAACAUCUGGAAGUUUCUUCGAUCAGGGUAAAAAGCGACGAAAAUUGAACAUAUUCCUUAUAUACUUUCAGCGUUACUACUGGUUCAAGCGUUCUCUUCCUAUAUGGGUGCAGUCGAUAAACGACGCCGAGUUAUUAUCAGCCAAAUCAGUAAGUGAAACGAAGACAGAUCUCCAUACUGGCGAACUAACGUCUUCGGUUGAAGAGCCUGCUGUAAAUCAUUCUGAAGAUUCAUUGGUAUUAAAUAAUCCUGAAUCAUCAGUUGAUAUCUCUGGUCUUAAUUCAGAUACCCAAACUAAUCUACCUAUGUUUGUUCCUGUGCGUUUUCCUGUUGCAGUAGAGCAACAAUAUUUUGAAACUUUACAACAGUUCCGUGGUAAUGUUGGUCGAGCAAAAAAUUUCACAGAAGCACAACGUCUCGUUCGUCAUCUGGAAGCCCGAUGCCUGCCACGCCUUGCACGCCUUAAGGCUACAUAUGGACUAACAAGUGAAUCAGAAAACGUGGAAAAUGGUGGUCAAGACCUAAAAAUUAUUUCAGAGAACAAAUCACUUCGACCAACUGGUCCUGGUCAUAUGGACACGAUAGCUGAAGAGGCUGAACAAGAAGAUGGAGACAUCCAGCUGGGUGACGAUGAGUAUUCUAUGGAUGAAGAAGAUUCUGAUUUGGAUGACGAAGAUGAAGAACAAGGAGGUGAGACUCAUUCAUCUCAACGCCGUCAAUCUAUUGACUUGAUAGAAUCGGAUGGUAGUCGUCGUCGUGCUCGCGUUGAUAGCCAACAAUCUCAAGAGGAUAUUGAUCUCACACUGGAGAAAACAGAAGAAAAAGAAGCAGAGGAAGAGGAGAUUGAUCAGAACUAUGAGUUGAAGCCACGAUUUAUUGAUUGUCCUGAGGAUACUGCAUUUUGUGAAGCUUUAGAUAAAAUGAUCGCCGAAGCAUUAUUGUCAUCUACAUCAGGGAGUAAUAGUAGUAGUGUCAGUGGUACAGUUACUAGUGUAACCAGUACUAUCAAUGUUAGUACUGAUACAAAUCCUGCAUCAUCUCGAACUCUCAGUGUGAAUGUUCUUCCUGCUCCAGAAAUACUACAACUAGCAGCAGCAAAGAGUCGUUUAGCAAUGAAAGAUGGCAGUUCAUCGACAAAUAAAGUUAACCAGCAAGCGAUUAAUCAUCAUAACUCAACCCUUCAUUCUGUGCCGACAAAAUCUAAUGGAGAUAAUUUAGAAAUUAAUCAUUCGGAUACGUUGUCAGCUGUAAAUGGUGAAGAUAGUCAAGUACGUAACAUUUUAUACAUAAGUGUGUUAUCACCUAAAAUCAUAUGUCUAAAAUAUUUCGUCAAUAAUUCGCCGAGUUGUGUAGCAAAUGUAAUCAGUUGAGACUGCAGUGGUCAUGAAAUAUAAUUUUAGUGUAAUAUUAUUGUGAUCAAUUUUAAACUGUUUGAAAUUAGCUCUAUUUCCGUUACUUUUUAACACUACUUUUUAAGCUGUAUGGGUUAAGUGCACUAUUUCGAACGAGGAUCACUGCAUUAUGUCUUAAGGCCUGUCGAUUAUCAUGUGACAAGAUAGAUAGCUAGUCAGAAUACCGAAUUUUGUGACCGUGUCCCUGUGCUAAACCAGUGAUGUGCCAAACAGCACUAGCAGCCAUGGUCAACGUUGAAUCUUUAUUAGUCCUCUUUAUAGUAUCUUCUGGCCUGGUCCAGCCCGUUGAGUCCUAAACACAAAUAUCGGCCUCUGUUAUAUGAAUCGUACAUUUCAGACACGUGGUUUUUAUACAAGGAGACCAAACCGCGUUACACCAUAAAAUGAAAAAUAAUAAUUAUCACAAACCAAUAGUGGUUAUGAGUACAGGAGAUUGUAACUACUAGAUUGGGAAUAAGUUGAGAAUGGUGAAUCGUAGCCAAUGGUCAAAUGAAAGCUUAUGAUAUAUAUAUAUAUAUAUAUAAUCUGGUUACUUAAUAAUUAUCCAAUGAGAAUAUAUGUAAUAAUAGUCGAUAAAUGAUUCGUAUCAAUUACCAUUCAUUUAUCCCUCGUUCGGAUGUUACAAACUUUAAAUUAAUUCUGAUUAAAUUGGAAACAAAACAAAUGAAAACUGAAAUCUCGUAUUCGAUCAAAAGGAACGAUGAAAUAUUGCUGACUGAUGAUAGACGGUUGCUAAUAUUAGGACCUAGUAAUAGCUAGGUACGAAAAAACUGGACAACCGAUCACAAACUUAAUUUACUGGCCCGUAAACGUAUACGUACAUUUUCCACCGUGAUAACCAUUCAAAUUUACUGUCCUCAUUUAUAAAACUACUGUUAAAGCAAAAUCCAUUCAAAUCUUUAUGCUUAAUGAUGAAAUACCACUCUCACUUAAUCUGAAAUAGUAUCAUGCUAAAAAAAAGAUAACUGAGCGUUUUUAUGUAUUUCAGAAUUGAUGUCUUGUCUUGCUUUCUAUGUUUACAAACUCUUAAUUUCAAACUGGCAAAGUUUACAGUAAAAAUUUUUCUUUAUUUGUGCCGUCUUAAUCCACAGCUAGUUACUUAUUAUCCCAUUCACUUGAGCACUGUAAUUGUGUAUGGGUACCAUGUUAGUUCGUUUGUUCGGUAUGUUAGUAAUGAAACAGUACCGUUAAUCCAUUUCGUAUUCGAGGCAAUUUUAGCAAGUUAUUCAGCAAAUAGAACUGUUUUAUACCUAGUAUCUAAAUUGUCAUCGGUUCCAGUUCUCGUGUAAGUGUUUAAAAUCUAACAUUGAAAUAUCUAUGUUUUGAAAUUCUGUAGUCUUAUAAUAUGGAGAUCUUCCCUUAAAUGGAUUACUUUUUGGUUGACAUUAAUGAUGCUAGGAUAAUCCAUUCUUGCCAUACUUACUCUGAUGGGUUAAUGUGAUCAGUAUUAUAGCACAAAGUUUAUUAUCAAAUCUGUUGUACUUUGAUUUGUUUCUCUAAGCUUAUCGGAUCGCUCUCACAUAUGUGAUUUUACUGCUGAACAUUACACUCGUUAGAGGUUUUACUAAUCACAUAACUGUUUUCUACUAUUUUAGAAUACUGUUCUCUUUACACUAGUUUCGCGUCGUGGAAAUAAACCUCAUCUAAUUCCAUUGGCAGUCCCGGAUUCAGUACAAUUUGCAGCACGUUAUAUUCAAGCUGCAGCUGCCGAGAGAGAAGAAAGGGCUCGGAUGAAACAACUAGUACUUGAAAUGCAUGAAGCUCAAAAAGAAGAAGAAAUGGAGUGGGGUUAGUCAGUAAUAGCUUAUAUGGCUCUUUCUAAAUUCAAAUCUGGGGUUCAUGGAUUUAUUUUUACAGUCGUUUUGUAACCUAUUCUCUUGUAUAACAGUUUGGUUUCUGAAUGUUAAAGUUUAUGAGUUCUGCUGUAUUAUUGAUAGAAAUUUUCAAUAUUUGACUUUUAUUACUAGGUCACUACGGAGGUCCAGAUGCUGUUUUGGCUCAUCAGUUCCCCGUCAAUGCGAACCGUGAUCGCUGGGUAAAGUAUAAUCAUCCAAAAGGAGCACCGGACGCCGAUGUAGUUUUUGGAACACACAGUCAAAAACGAUGUGCCAAUUAAUAAGCGUAUCCUGUUAGAAAGAUUCGUUAAUCAUGGUCAUCUGUUUCAAAAAAUGAGACAAUUUGAAAUGGGAGAAGUUAUGGAUUGUUCGAUAUUCAACGAAUCCUUGUGUGUUGCACAGCAUUCUAUGGGCAUAGCAUGUGUGCAAGUAUGUUGAGAUGCAGUUUUGAUGAGUUGAACAGACAAGAUGUUUUAAAGUGUAAUCAAUAAAAGAAAUAUGUAUUUAAGUAUUUUUUCCCUUUCUUCACUUUCUUCCUUACUUUUCAAUUGUUUUAUAAAAAGAAAGUUUUUAAAAAAAUACUUCUCAUUAAUGAAGAUACAAGUCACAUAGUAAAAUAAGACUGGGUUUUGGUUGUAUGAACUUAUUUUAUUUUGGAUUUCUAAUUGUUUAGUGUAUGUACUCAUGUUUCCAAGUUCAUUAUUGUGCUGUUUUAUUCAUUCUGUUGUUUAUUGUCCUCCUAUGUAAGAAAUAACUAUAUUAUUAUCCUUUGAAAAGUUUAAGCGAUUGCUAUGAGAUCGUUUAUCUUUAACUAUUAUGCUGCGAUCUUCACAUUCAACAGGGACUGCUGUAUUCUCAUUCUUUGUCCGUCUCGCAGUUUUUGGUCAUUCAAAAUACAGUUGUUUUAUUUCUCGUAUAAGCUGUGUUCUUUUCAAAUUUAUAAAGGUUCGUUACG